AUGUCUAGCUUCCCGUAAGUAGGGUUGUUUGAUAACCAUUUGCCUAACUUGGAUUCUCUUUCUAAUGAUGUGCAUCUUAUAUAACAAACACUCCAUGGAUGGACCUCUAUUUUCAGUCAACUUAUGGAGAUUAGUAUUGAAACACAUAAACAAAAUCAGUCCAACACUGCAUUACUUUAGCAACUGAUGGCUUAAAAGCAUCGAAGAUCCAAACAUUCUCAACAGAAAGACUAGAUUAAGCUAUCGCCUAUUCGGCCAAUCAAGAGUGAACCAGAUGAAAUCCUAAAACUUGAAAAUUUUUCUAAGAUCUUUAGUAAUCCUAAGAAGAUUUCGAUCAUGUAGUUGUAAGGGACACCAUUCGAUUCAGCGUAUGAAAGCAUCAAUAAGGAACUAGAAGAACCAACUAGAGAUGACUAAUAUCUAUCUGUUCCUAAGUCUAUGCAAUUAUCCAAUGACAAGAAUAAGAAAAAAAAGAGUAAGUAAAUAGAUCUCCAUCCUCAGAGUGCUAAAAACACAUAUGAGAACAAGCAAUUUGCUUUUAAUAAACCCUCCCAAUAAGAUGUUAAAUCCAAUAAAGAAAACAACUAAAACUAGUCAUCUAUCAAUAGGCCAGAAUCUAAACGCAAUUUGGAUUACCCUCAAUUGUCGACUGUACUUGAAGAGAAGCAAUCCCCAUUGAUAACUCCUAAUGACAACAAUUAUAAAUGUUCCAUCGCUUAAUCAUAUAGGUAAUACGAUUAAUGCAGCACUUCCAAGGCUUCAUAAAAUAGUUAAAGACCCCCAAAUUAUUUUUAAUAAUAAUAACUAUAAUCGGAAAACACUAGAUCCUCAUCAAAAUCUUGUUAUGGAGCUAAUUGCAAUCUCUAACAAUAGGUUCUUACAAACAACAUCAAUAUUAUGAAUUCUCCUUAGAAUUUACAAUUGAUGCAACAAUAACCAAACCAGAAUCAAUCUUAAAACAAUUUGAUUAGUUCAAGUACUAAAAAUGUAAAAUAACAACACUCGUUGAAUAAUAAUGUCCCUAUCAAAUAGCCAAUCGAAGUGCCUAAUUAAAUUCCAAGCUAAAGAGCCAAAAGCUAUAGUGAAUAAAACGGUAAAAAAUAGUUAAGCAAGCGUUGCUUAGAUAUAGAUUUAUUGGAUAAACAAUAUGAGACUAGUUAGGAGUUGAUCUGGAAGGUUUAGAAAAACAAGAAGUGA